CCGACAUUUUUCAGAUCCGAACUCUUUUCUCUUGAUCUCUCAUAUACUCUCAGUACCCUCUGGAACACGGUUGUUAUCAUGUCUGCCCGUCGCGAUUCCAGUCCCUCUUAUGACGAAGACAUCAACCCUUUUGCGAAUCCAGGGAGUGUUCCGUCUGCAAAUUCAAAACUUUCACCUCUUCCUCCUGAACCUGCUGACUAUGAUCGUGGGGCUACAGUAGACAUUCCCCUUGAUAAUUCCAAGGAUUUGAUGAGGCGAGAGAAGGAGCUUCAAGCCAAAGAGGCUGAGUUGAAAAAGAGAGAACAAGAAUUGAAAAGGAGGGAAGACGCCAUUCGACAAUCUGGAGUUGUCAUUGAGGAGAAAAACUGGCCUCCAUUUUUUCCUAUUAUUCAUCAUGACAUUGCGAAUGAAAUCCCGAUUCAUCUGCAGAGAGUACAGUACGUUGCAUUCACAACAUUUUUGGGUUUAGCAGCAUGUCUUCUAUGGAAUUUUUUGGCAACUACUAUAGCUUGGAUUAAUGGGGAAGGUCCAAUAAUUUGGUUAUGCUCUAUCAUCUACUUAUCAUUUAUUCCAGGAGCCUAUUUGUUAUGGUAUCGUCCUCUUUAUCGUGCCAUGAGAACUGAUAGUGCCUUGAGGUUCGGUUGGUUCUUCUUAUCUUACAUGUUUCAUAUUGGUUUCUGCAUCGUUGCUGCCAUUGCUCCUCCAAUAAUCGUUGAAGGAAAAUCUUUAACUGGAAUCUUGCCUGCAAUUGAGCUUUUAGCUUAUAAUGUUGUGGUCGGGAUAUUUUACGUUGUGGGAUUUGCUUUAUUCUGUCUUGAGAUAUCGAUUAGCAUAUGGGUGAUCCAGCAAGUAUAUAUGUACUUUAGAGGCAGUGGAAAAUCUGAUCAAAUGAAGAAUGAGGCAGCAAGAUCAACUGUUAUGGCGGCAUUGUGAUAUGAUAACUGAUUGGUGGUUGAUUGCUUUAGAGAAUGUAUGAUUAUUCUCUAGUAAUUACCUUCAACAUAACUGAGAAAAAAAAAACAUAAAUUUCAUACAUUGUACAUGCAAUUCUAUGUACUUAUGUAAAACAUGUUGUUCACUUUGUUUGUUUUCAUUUUCAAGUUAUCUCAGGGACGAGUCA